AUGGGUGCAAUUCUGGCUGCAACAGACCCGGUAGCAGUUGUUGCAAUUCUCGAAGAUAUCGGUGCUCCGCAGCGUAUCAAAAUACUGGUAGAGGGUGAGUCGUUGCUCAACGAUGGUCUGGCCAUUUUCGUCUACCAAAUUCUCCGUAGUUUUGUUUUGAAGGAAGUAAAUUUACCAUCCUAUCCGUAUACUUUUGUACAUUACGCAGCAAUGUGCGUAAGUUGUAUCGUAAUAUCGCCGUUGCUAGGAUAUACCAGUGCUCAUAUUACUGUUAUGAUAAUACGGCAUGGUAUUACUGAGGAGAAAAGAAUUCAGAUGUUUUUGGUGAUAUCGGUAUACUUUGUAUGGCAAUUGGGUGAGAUAACCAAAGGAUCAGCCGCUGUAGCCACCGUCUUUUAUGGCGUUACACUAAAUUAUCUUAGAGAAAGAUUAAAUCCAAGAAGUGUAGAAUUGACUUUGCAAAUUUGGACAGCAUUCGGGUAUUGGGCUAAUUGCAUCGUAUUCAUGUUCAGCGGCUACGCCAUCGGUUUGCUGCUCUUCGAUAAUCCGGUUGAAAUCGAUGUAAUCUAUCACUUAAUCUCCGGCGUACUAUUAUUUCCCAUAUCGUUGGUGGCUCGUAUAUUGGCGUUACUUGUGUUUCGUGAAGUUUGGAAUGCACUGGGUAGUUCUCAUAUUGUUUAUGACACCGAUUAUGUCCUUUUGGCGUAUGGUGGCCUGAAGGGAGCAUUGGCACUCUUGCUGGUACAUGAAUUUACCGAAAGUGUUCAAUAUGAUCCGUACGCCCGUCGAGUUGGUGAGAAAGUGGUACUUUAUGCGAGUUCCGCCGUUUUUGUUUGUUUGGUGAUUCAGGGAAUGACAUUUUCAUACGUUACAAAUCGUGAAGGUACAAAUCGUCGAUCACGUUAUAUUAAAGAUUCGGAGAAGAACGUAGAACGACACCUAAAUCGUACGCUACGUGCAAACAUAGGAGCAAUGCGUCGCCAAGCUGACUCUUAUCUCACAGAGGCUAACUGGACCGUAGUCAAUGAGCAAAUCGAAGCUAAUGUCUUUAAAGGCUUUGCAAGUAAUGUUGGACAGUAUUCACGAGUGCAGACCAGUAUCUAUGAUGAAUCGGUGAAAAGUGUUGACAGUCAGUCGGUGGAUGAGUCACUUCUUAUGAAGAAAGACGACAGUGAUGUUUGCACUGGUUACUAUAGUAUCCUUCUUGCUCGAGUAUACAGCCUUUGGACUUUGGGUGCGAUUUCUGGACGUGCAGCGCAUUUAGUAAUCGACCUUCUGGAACAUGGUGUUGAUGAAGGAAAGUUAACGUUAGAUGACUUCUGCGAACAUCUAAAUUCAGCUGAUAAUAAAUGGUAUCACCAUGUCGAACUGAGGAUCCUAACAGUGUUACGGUGUUGGAUUGAUACGGACACAAAGCUGAAUCGCCUAAACUGGAUGGGUAUUCCGUUCUUGCCUUAUCCAAGUCCCACUAAUAUUUCUGUUUUAAAACCGAUUCGGUCCCUAGAAUGGUGGUGCAUAUUUUCCGCAUUUUUGGCUAUCAUUCAGUCGAUCCUGAUCGCAUUUGUUAUUUUCUGGCAGCCAUCAGUUGGAACCGAUGUCAGCUACUCAGUCCUGAUGUUUACAUUCUUGAUUGCUUUCAUUUUUUUUGUUGAAGAAGUGGUGCAUUUUCAUCGAUUACGGAAACCAGCGUAUCGAAUGGAAUUAGAUCGUCUGGAUAUGCGCUGCUUUCAAAGCGUGAAUCGGAUUACUAUCGAGUUUGUCCUAUUUCUUGUUUAUGUAUCAUUAAUUGUUAGUAUUUGCACCGUUCUUUCGGUUAUAUUGGCCAAAUAUCCAAGUGGUUCAUGCAUACAGGAUAAUGGACAGUGGAGAGUAUUGUCUGUUUGCAACACAAUGCGUUUCAUACUUCUUUUAUUUGUGGUACUUUUGACACUUCUAAAAAUCCUACGCAUCACACCACUGUUUAUUUUCACGUUACAUGAAGCAUUGUAUACUGCUGGCCUUCUGCGUGUACGUAUUCAGCUGUCAGCACUAUAUUUUCUUCAAUUCCUUCUUAGUCAACCGCCAGCAAAAUUCACGUUUUUUCCGGGUGAUUCCUAUCAGGUAGCAUUAGGAGAACAGAAAAAUUUGAGCAAAAUUGUGGAUGCCCUGAUCCGGAAAGCGAUGAAAAAAAACAAAGAAGUGCUUGACUUGAUUACUGUUAUCAAGACCAAACAAGCUAUCCGAAUGGCUGCACAAACGCUGGAACAUACUAUUGUUGAUUUGCAGAAGCAGGGAUUUUUACAUCACGAAUCAAUGCGGCAGUGGGAGCGCUCUUUGAAUCGUUUGCGUGAUCGCGGAGAACGUCUGAUUAAUUCUCCGGAUCCUAGUUUCCAGGAUGCUCUAGAAUCUGUGUAUUGGAUUCAGGCUAUUGAUAAUCAGAAAAGGCAAAAUUUAGUGGAUAAAUUGGUCAAAUAUCUUGAAACACAAUCAGGAAGUGAGCAAUCAGGUGGCCAGUUGGUUCAAACAUUCGGGAAGACGAUGUACUUCGUCCGAAAGGGUAUUUGCAAAGUAACCGAAAUGACAUUGUCUAGACGAGGCAAAGAGCACAAGCACGAUUACUAUGUAUAUCAGGGACGCUUUGUUGGGGAGCGGAAUUUGCUAGACAAAAAUGAUUUUCGUCGUGAAUCAGUGAAAAAACCAAAAGUUGAAUAUCGAACAUCAACCGACUGUAUACUAAUCAAGAUUGAUGAAGAUAUGAUGGACAUUGUUCGCUUAUUUGACAGCUCAAUCAUUAGGACAAUAUCACGAAAGGAGCAAACACGACGACUUAUAUAUGAACUAAAGGAACAACAUGAAUCUUUUGCUUUAAUAACCCUAGAUGAAUUCGAAAAAUUAUACACGAAGCGUGGAUAUUCGGUGGGCGGUCGAAUGGACAUUGAAGUUGGGACUGGAAGAAAGCUUAUCAUCGGAUUCCGAGCGAUGAUUGUUGCUUUGAAGCCUUCGACGAGCUUAGAUGAUCAUUAUCAUAUUCUGGGACCGGCUGUUGUAACACUAAAACCUGUUGGUGAAGAUGAAGGAAUGUCAGUCCUUAUCGAUAAUGAACGAAGCGCCGAUCAGCCAACCUUAGAUGUAGAAAGUAAUAUAUCGUUAGAAACUGAAACGGAAGAGGCAGACAAAAUAUUAUCAAAGAAAAAGCAAACGCUCCCGAUCCUUUUGGAGAAGGCAAAAUCAUCGCUUGGAGAGUUAGAAAAGGCUAAAAUAGAAGCGAAAAAAUUACGGCUAGUUUCGGAACGGACUCAACUGACAAAGAAGACGGAAUCAAAACCACUAAAACCAUCAUCACUAGACAUGAUAGGACAGAAGACAUUAGAAACGCAGCCGGAUGAGGACGGUGGAGAUCAAGAACAGAAAGAAUCAGAACCUGCCGCUAAAUUAAGGAAGAAGACGGAAAAGUCUAAACAGCAGAAGUACUUGGAAACCCAGCAUACUCAGACGCAGUCAGAACAAUCCUACAUCACAAGUGUUAAAAGUUCCAGUAGUGAAGGUACUACUAAUAUCUCUCUAAUUUCAGCAGCAAUUUAA